GAAACAGAACUCUGAAAAAAGCGGGGAGUUGGUUGGAGAGAGGUGUAUAGCCAAGAGGUAGUUACAGAAGUGGGGGUCAGUGAGAGUGACAGGGCAUAGAAAGAGAAGCAUAGAGAGGAAGAAAAGAGGAAGAGAAUGAACGGAAGGAGAGGCGGUGAGGGGAAGUGACAGCUUACAUACAGUUUAGAGAGUGAGAGCGGGACAGCUCCCAAACUGAUCGACAGAUACAGAAUAUAAGGUGAGCAGACUUUUACCUGUUUAUCACUGGGAAAGCCAUGAAGCUGCCAGGUUGAAAAACAAGGAACAGGAGAAGCCAAAACAAGGAAGCUAGGACAGGAAGCCAAAGUGAGAAUAUAAUAGUGUGGGAAAGCUAAAGAGACUGUGCUGCUGAGAGAAUACGAGUGAAGAGAAGAAAGAAAGCACAAGAAGAUAUAAGUCACAAAACAUAUAUAUAUGUAGAGGAAAAUUAACGAGUUGGGAGUGGGAACAGGAUGACUGAUCAAGAUCAAACUACCAGGAGAGAGUCUGAAGGGGCAUUCCAUGUGCAAAGUGAGACAUCAGAACACAGAUGUGCAGGGGAAGAGUCUACAGAAACAUUCAUUGUGCAGGGUCGAAGCUUAGAAAGAACUAAUUCAGAAAAUCAGACUGCAGAAACAUUUAGUGCACGAUAUGAGACAUCAGAACAGCGAGACACAGCAAAAGUGUUUGUAGGGACAUUUAUUGGGCCAGAUGAGACAUCAGAAGAGACAUUCACUUUGCGAGAUGAGACAUCAGAAGAGACAUUCACUGUGCGAGAUGAGACAUCAGAUCAGAUGGACACAGAAAAAGUGACAGGGGAGGCAUACUUUGUGCAAGAUGAAGCAUCUGAACCAGGGAACAAAGAGCCACAUGACCAGGAACUUCCUAUGGCUGCUGAAAAUGAAGGUGUUUUUCAAGAUAAUGCAGAAGCACCUACAGAUGGUCUAGAGGGGAGGUCCAGAACCUGGAGAUCUGCUCCUCCUUCACCUAUCAGUGAGAGACGAGGUUUAUCUGCGUCACUUCUGUCUCUCCACACUGAACAAUUCCUUGACCUUCUCUCCACUGCCCAAACAAGGCGCUUAGAAGAACAGAGAGCAGAGCUGCCUCCAUCACGUCCCCGGGCCAAGCGCCACUUUUCUUUGCCCACAACACGUAACCUAUCCCUUCUUUCAGAUGAAAAAGGGCUACUCUUAGAGCUCCACCGCAGGAGGAGGGGAUCAUGGACUGGGCGGAGUCUCAGAAAAAAGCCAGCACCUUUAAAAAUACCAGCUCAAGAGGAGUUGUACACCACCAUUAUAGGGCAUCAGGCUCAGAGGAUGGAAGACCAGCGUUGUUCUCCUCCACUCCCACAGGGGGCUGCUGACCUAUUUGAGAUGUUAUUUCGUGUUCAAGGGAAUCGUUUGGAUGAACAGAGAGUGGAAAUGCCUUCACCACUUGGGGGUGCCUGCUGAUCAGUAAAGAUGAAUGAAACUUAUGCUUCCCCAUUUUUCCUUCUGGCAGCAUUCCCUAGCCUGUCUGCAAGAUAGGGCUCUGGAAAGAAAUAAAUCAUUAAAUACAGAAUGUUGGAAAAUUAAUAAGAACUGAUGUGAGGAUACAGAUAAACAGGAUGAUAUAUUGAAUAGAAUAACUGUUUUAUACAAUUUCCCAUUACGGAUGAAUUGUAUAAUAAAUACAUUACUCAGUAUGUUAA